UGGAGCACAGUCGGUUUAAAUAUUCACAUGUUGAUCAUAUCAUAUUACAUACUUUAUCAAUGUAGGUGCAUCCGGUUUAACGUGCAAUGUGUCCUACUAGUUAGCGAAUAAAAUGUUACUAUUAUGUUAAACUUGAGACACGAAUGUGAAAUAUUUACAUUACUGCUCGUACAGUGUUUUCAUACUUUGGUGAAAGGACGGUACUGAGAUCAAUACAAUGAUGAACACAGCGAAAUUUUUUAUCAUCGGAAACUUUCUAGGCUUGACAUGUGCAUUUGCUUUGCUCAUAUCGGCUGGAAUUUUGAGCUCGCAAGAUAACGCUAGUGAUGACCUUCUUCAAAUGUACAAUUGGGAUAACACAAUAGGGACGGUCGCAACCAAUAUCAUAAUUUGCAGUAGCCUGCUUCUAGGCGUUAUUGUUGUUACAUCAAUCUUCGCUGUUUGUAUGAACAUGGAAUUGCCAGAGAAAAUGUUCCUUCCGUAUACAUACUUUCAAACAACAAUGAUCUUCGCAUGCUUCAUUUUCGGAAUCAUAUCUGCAGUUUCCAUGGUUCAGUUGGAUAAACUUGCGGUGACGUUGAACGACUCUCUCAGGAAUGAUUAUGUUCCCGGCGAGGGCGUUGUCGCAGAUGCAUGGGACCAAGCGCAGUUAAAGCUAUCCUGUUGUGGCGCAAAGGGACCGGAAGACUACUCUGUCAUACCACUCAAUGGAACAUUCGUUCCUUCUUCCUGCUGUAAGUACCUCAAACAAGAUGAAAACCACCAGCCUAUAAACGAAACGCUUUGCCAGUUUGAAGCAGAUCAGAUUCAACACAGUCAAAAAGCCAAUGCCACAUUUUUAAACACAGAGGGAUGUUACAGUAAGAUAAAAACGAACAUUUAUCACUACUUGUCCGUGCUCUUGGGAGUGUCUAUGUCAACGAAUUCCGCUCAGGUCAUCUAUAUAAUCAUGUUACAUGUAUGGAAAAGAAAAUGCGCAGAACAAAACUAUACGAGCGCGCCCUCCUGAGACAUGAUAUUUUUGGUUUCAACGUCUUAUGGAUUUUCUGAACAUGGCAGGCUCACAAACAAAUAAACAAAACAUUUAAGUUCUGGUGGUACAGAUAACAAAGAAAAAACAUUGUUUUAAAACACAUCAUUUACAUGCGAAGCAUGCUUAAAUUUUAUCAAUAUUUGCAAUUGCAAUGACAACGAUGUUUUACUAUGAUGUGUAGUAAUUUAAUGUUUGCUGUUUAUGCAUUGCACAACGGAAUAUGUUUUCGCUGAUAGGAUAUUCAUGUAUUGUAUAAUAUUAAGUGAAUAAAACAUAUCAACAUCAAA